GAAAUCAAUCUCGAUCUGCCGCGCGCGCAGAGGGGUUGACGGAGCGAUGGAAGACGACGGCGUCCCUGAAAGAAUCUUUGACGCGGCGUGCGACGGCGACCUGGAAGAAGUGCAAAAAUUUCUAGCCAGCGUCGCCACGCCGCGAGACGUCGUGAACAGCAUAGAUCCUGCUGCGCCUGGCAGCAAUGCAACGCUUCUCUCUUGUGUGACCUGUGAAGUUCGCAACAACGUGAGGCACGUCAAAAUCGUGAGACUGCUCAUUUCCCACGGUGCUAACGUGAAUCAAAUCGAGACGGGCGGGGCAUCGCCGCUACACAACGUACUGCAUUUUUUUGGCCAUGGGUGCUCGGGAAAAGCAGUUAUCGAUGUGGUCAAGUCUCUCCUGAGGGCAGGGGCUGAUGUUAAUCGCGCAGGUGGAAGGUACGUAGGCCUUCCAAUCACGAUGGUCAUCGAAAAGUUGGCGAAACGACGUCGUCCUGACAGUGCGGCGCUUGCGGAACUUGUGAAAAUGCUCCUGCGUGCGGGUGCCUCCGUAGAUAGUUCUAGUGAAGGGAAAUUGACUGGGUGGCAAAGUAUGCGGAAUGUUUGGCUUACUGCUGUUCGGACACAUCGGUACGACGACGACGGCAGGUGCGCCGAGCUCCUUGCCGAUCCCCACUUCAUCACGAUCAAAGCCCAGAUAGACGGCGUCCACGCGCACGGUUCCUGGCGCGCGUACAUCAUGGCGCCGCGGUUGGAGGUCUUGACCCUCCGCGGUCUCGCGAACCGCGGCAAGAUCCGCUCGACGGACCCCGCGCUGAACAACCUCGUCGCGCUCCCGAAUGAGCUCAUCUGCCAGGUACUCGCGUUUUGGUCCGGCUAGCGGCGCAGCCACGUAGCCGAGAGCGUGACUCAGUACAAGACUGAUGAAGCAAGCGCACAAGGCGCUACCAAGAUGACUAAGAAAACUUACACA